UCCCGGCUGCUUGUUGUGGUUUACAUCACUUCCGAGAGGAGACGCAUGCGCUGGAGAGAGACAGUUCCAGCGUGCUUAUCGUUUACUAAUCUAUUUAUCAGUGGGAUUUGAUAUUCAUAAUAGUCCUAGCACAGACAGACUGAUCAGAUGUCGGCGGAGGAGGAGGGUUACCCGGCGGAGAUCCAGGAGCAGCUCACCGGCUUCGAGUCCUCGGUGGGGGUGAUCAACAGCAUGCUUCAGACCAUGGUGUCCAUGCCCCGGAACGACCUGCUGCAGAAGCUGGACCCCCUGGAUCAGGCCAAGCUGGACCUGAUGUCGGCCUACACCCUCAACUCCCUCUUCUGGAUGUACCUGGUCACACGAGGGCAGAACCCGAGGGAGCACGGGGUCAAGCAGGAACUGGAGCGCAUCAGGGGCGUCAUGACGCGGGUGAAGGACAUCACAGACAGGAAGAAGGCGGCUCGUCUCGACAAGGGUGCCGCCGCCCGCUUCCUGAGACACGCCCUCUACGACGCCGAGGAGGGCAGGGCCAAGAGGCCCACGCCGGGCCGUGCCCCCAAGACCCCCACCCCCCAGACGGGCCAUGCACCCAAGACACCCGCCCCCCAGACAGGCCGCGCCCCCAAGAAACCCACCCCCCAGACGGGCCGCGCCCCCAUGACCCCGACCCCCACGAAGAAACCCAGGAAAAAAUGAACACAUGAAUGGACAAAUGAAUGGAUGAACACAUGAAUGGGUGAACGCACGGAUGAUGAACAGGUGGACGAUGAACACAUGAAUGGGUGAACACAUGGAUGAUGAACACGUGAAUGGUUGAACACAUGAUGGAUGCUCACAUGAUGAACGCAUGAUGGAUGAACCUGAUGAAUGGAUGAACACAUGAUGAAUGGAUGAACACAUGAUGGAAGAUCACAUGAUGAUCACACGAUGGAUGGACACAUGACAGAUGAACACAGGAUGUAUGAGGUGCUGGCGGUGGUUCAUGGCUGAUGUCCCACAUCGUGUCGGCUCUCUGAACCUCUCCUCUGUGAGGACUGUCAUGUGCAUUGCUAUGGAUACAUAAGCUACGAUUGCCACAUGUAUGUAACCAUGGAAACAUGUCUGUAACCUUGGAGACUUGUGUGUUCCAGUGUUGUCGGUGAAGGUGGUUUUGCAUUGGUUGCUACAUCACUUGUGUUUCUGUCUGUGAUCUGAAGGACUUUUAAUAAAUACUCGAGCCUAUAGUCUGUCUGUCUGUCAACCUCAGGGAAGGUGACCAUGACGACCACCAAACCAGGGGGAGAGGAGAGAUCAAAAGGUGGAUUAUAAAGAAUGUUUCCCGGAUUGAUAAUGAGUACUGAGUAAUACUACUGGUAU